AUGGCCGCGUCGGUGAUGGGCGCGUGCCGCAGCCUGGCCCUGUCGACAUGGCUGCUCUCCUUUUGUUUCGUGCAUCUGCUGUGCCUGGACUUCACCGUGGCCGAGAAGGAGGAGUGGUACACGGCCUUCGUCAACAUCACCUACCCCGAGCCCGGCGGCGGCGGCGGCGGCGAGGUGCGCAGCGAGAAGAGCGAGUGCGGCCGCUACGGGGAACACUCGCCCAAGCAGGACGCCCGCGGCCAGGUGGUGAUGACCGCCUCGGCCGCCGAGCGGCAGGCCUGCGACCCCCACGCCCGCUUCGCCGCGCCGGCCGCCGGCAAGGGCUGGGUCGCCCUCAUCCCCAAGGGCAACUGCACCUUCCGCGACAAGAUCCGCCACGCCGCCGCCCAGAACGCCUCGGCCGUCGUCAUCUACAACGUGGGCUCCGGCAGCGCCAACGACACCAUCACCAUGCCCCACGCAGGUGCUGAGGAUGUUGUAGCAAUAAUGAUCCCCGAGCCGAAGGGAAAAGAGAUAGUCAGUUUGCUAGAGCGGAAUGUUACUGUGAUGAUGUACAUCACUAUUGGAACCCGUAACCUGCAGAAGUAUGUCAGCCGUACCUCGGUGGUAUUUGUCUCCAUCUCCUUCAUUGUGCUGAUGAUCAUCUCCCUGGCAUGGCUGGUCUUCUACUAUAUUCAGAGAUUCCGAUAUGCAAAUGCCAGGGACAGAAACCAGCGCCGUCUUGGAGAUGCUGCAAAGAAAGCGAUCAGCAAGCUGCAGGUCAGAACAAUAAGAAAGGGUGACAAGGAAACAGAAUCUGAUUUUGAUAACUGUGCAGUUUGUAUUGAAGGUUACAAACCAAAUGAUGUUGUCAGAAUCCUGCCCUGCCGGCAUCUCUUCCACAAAUCUUGUGUAGAUCCAUGGCUGCUAGACCAUCGCACCUGCCCUAUGUGUAAAAUGAACAUCUUAAAAGCACUAGGGAUUCCGCCAAAUGCAGAUUGCAUAGAUGAAAUACCUCCGGAUUUUGAAGCAUCUAUAGGAGGACCACCAACCAAUCAAAUUACUGGAGCUAGUGACAUAACUGUGAAUGAAAGCUCUGUAGCGCUAGAUCCUCCAGUCCGGACUGUGGGAGUAUUACAAGUCAUUCAGGAUGCAGAUCCUCUUCCACAGCCUGGGGAAAGUAACCUCACCACAAGCAGUGAGCAAGAGCCAGCCGUCAGUAGUGAUUCCGAUAUUUCAUUAAUUAUGGCAAUGGAGGUUGGACUUUCUGAUGUAGAGCUUUCCACUGACCAAGACUGCGAAGAGGUGAAAUCUUGAGAAGAAAACCAAAUGACAUGCGUACUCCUCCGUUAAACUGAAUCAGGG